AUGUUCAUCUCUACAGCAAAAAGCAUUGAUGGUCUGAACUCCGACAUAGAUUUUUGAAUUAAGCGAAAGAUAUCAACCCCUUCAAGUGUAGUCUCAAUUAAAGACAAAUAAUUUUGAUGGCAGAGUCAGAACUACAUUUGGAAUUAGAGAUAAAGAUAUGUUUAAAAUCCAAGAGCCAGCACAAAUUGCUAAUUUUAGAGCCCUUGCACAAAGCAAAAGACCUUCAAAUUUUGAAAACCUAGGAUUAUCAUCUCAAUCAAGAAUGUCAGGUAUCCACACUGGAGCUAAAUCUACAUCUACCAUGCCUAUUCACUUCCAAAAGAUUGAGAGAAAAUAAAGAGAUUUUAAAAAUGAAAAUACCUCAGUUUCAUCCAUUUGAAAAAUCAGAAGAAACGUCUAGAACCUCGAAGCUGAUGGUUAAGUCCUUCUACAACAGGAAGUUCAAUGUCAAACCUUAUCAAAAGAAAUUGAAGAGAUUCACAGGAGCUGAUAAUUUUCACCCAAAAAGGGAAUCCCCAUAUACACUUUCAAAUAGACCUUUGAAAUAAGAAGGAUUUAAUCAAAAGCACCAUAAAGAAGAAUGUGAAUAACCAUUUGUCCAAAAGAAGGAUCCAAAAGGUCAUUUUCAAGCCUCCCCCAGAAGAGCCACUAACGAUCAAAUAGAAAGCAUAUUAAGACAAUCAACCUGGCUAUACCAAAGGUGAGCACUCUGAAGCAGCCGAAGGGUAGCAGGCAAAGCUACCUCAGAAGCUUAAUAAAACAUCACGAUUCGAGUAGAGAUAAAAGAGACAACAAACCUUUAAUUCAACUGUUUAACAAGCUUAAUGUGAUAAGAGCAAAAUCUGUUCAAAGACAAAGGAUGAUAGAGAGUAAAAGAAACCCCUCAAAUUCAAGAAAUUACACAGGCGUUUUCCAAGUCUGAGGGCUCAGUUGUGACAAGAGGAUGGAGUAAUAAGCACGCCUGGUACUUAAUUUUCAAC